UACUUUCACCCUCGCCCGGUUCCUGGAUGCCACUCUGGUUGAUGCGGGGUGCCUCUGCCAUUCGUUCGUCACUCGCUGCCGCAAACGGUCGCUCUCCUCUUUCUCCGAUCUUCUCGUUGUCGUCAACGCUGAGCUGUCCACGAAUCUCUCGUUAAAAAUAACAAAAGAAAAGAAGAUUAAAAAAAAAAAAGUAAUUGAGAAGCCGUUAACAACAGAAGAAAAAGAAAUAAGCGUUGGAAUCGCAGUCGCUCGUUCAUCUAUCCCUGGCAGAUUACUUUCUACUUGGUUUUCUCCAUUGGAAGAGUCCAGCUCAUUCCUCCUGAAGAAAGGCAAAACGAGGCAAGGUCACUCUUGCCUUCUCCGGUAUACUUACUGCCCCAUCCACCACUGCCCUCCGACCUUCUUCUUUCUUCGACAGCAGCAACAGCAACCAACAACACCACCCAUCAUGCCGUUGUUCAAACAGCUUCGUCGUCGCUCGAAAGCCAACUUUCACCCCAGCAAGUCGGCACCAGAGACAAAGUCCAACGAGUCUCAGUCCAAUGGGGACAUGACUUCGGGAAAAUCAUCAUCCACGCUUGAAACCGCCUCUUACAGCUCUCUCACUCCACCCUCAUCAAUCAAGCCAACUCUCUCUUCUCCUAAUUUGCCAUCCCUUAGCGAAAGCAACGGCACCUCCAACAACGCCGUUUCUCCUCUUUCUGCGCCUCCCCAACGCCCUGGUCUUCUCACAGCUCCAUCGCAGCGGAAUAGCGCCUAUUUUGGCAGUAAUAUGUCUGUCAAUGGGGCUGUGCGGUCGCCUACUCCCUCCUCUCCUUAUGCGCCGAGGAUCAUUUCCAUCUCCGAUAACUCUUGGGUCCAUCAAAAGGUUCUGCUGGUGUAUGGCCAAAUAGGAGACCCAAGACAACAUCCGCUGGACGGAACUGUAACGGUUUCCCACCAUCAGGACAGCUUCCCCUCGGUCCCGUGGCCCGUUACAUCUGCUCACUUCAAAACCCUGGUGCACCUGGUUCCCGGCCCGAAUCGCCUCCGCUUCGACUUUGUCACAGCCAAACAUUCCUCCGGCAGUGCGCAUCAGACUGUCCAUACGUCGUAUAUCUGUAUCAACUAUCUUCCCUUAGUUAAUACGCCGCCCUUGCACCUCGUCGUUCUGCUUGGAAAGGACUCCGAUGGGACAUUCGACGCCGUGCCCGAGAGACAACAGCGGGAAGGAAAUGGUCUCGAAACUGCGAUCCAAAAGUACCGCAUGGCGGCGUACCUUUGGCAGGCAUUCACUAGCGAACAGAUGUUCCGUAACAACUUUGGCCGUCGGUGUUUCCGGUUCGAAGAAGAAUGGCAAGCAGGCACUUUGAGCCGUCGCGAUGCCAUCAAUGGCCAGAUGCGGAACGAGGCCAAGGUCCACGUUGUUCGGACCGACAAGACGGUCGCAGAGCUCAGAGAUCUCAACCUCGCCCAGCAGAAUGACUCUGCUACCCACAAGGAUGAGCUGUUCCGCAUCGCACGAGAUGCGGUGAAAGACCAUUUCCGUCUUCGACCCGGUCAGAAGCAGUACGUCUCGGUCUUGCUUCUCGACUCCCAUUGGGAUGUAGGCACCCAGACCAUCACUGGCCACGCCGCUCUGGGUUCAGGCACAGGGGAUCUCAAGCUAGCGAUAUUUGGCUCCCACAGCCUGCAGAGCUAUCCCACCAGUUUGGAGGAUGUUGUCGACGCCUUGUCGGACUGCACCAGGACUGACACAGACUAUGUGGCUAACGAUUCCGGCGAGGGCGGUUCCAGCUGGGAAGCCGCCAAUAUCGGUAUUGGUGCUCAUCUCCAUGAAGUCGGACACCUCUUUGGAUGUCCACAUCAGGAGUCGGGGAUCAUGCUCAGGGACUAUGUUCGUCUUAACCGGACUUUCCUCACACGUGAACCGUUUGCGACUCGAACGAAGACGCAGGGCCUUAAACUGUGCUUGCCUCAAGAUGAGUGUAGCUGGCAUCGGCUCGACGCUUUACGUUUUCGGUUCCACCCCUGCUUCCGACUUCCUGGCGAUGCUCCUGUGGGCUCGGAUGAUAGCGUUUCGGUUUGGCCUGUGGAGAAUGGUAAAAUCGUUUUCACUGCCUCGACGGGUAUCGCAUUUAUGGAACUCUACGCUGAAGGUGACAAUGUAUGCCACAGCUUUAUCGAAUACUUGAACAGCGAGUCGAGUAGCAACGGGCUACCAAGGCAGGUGACGGUGACGGAAAGCGAACUGCGACAACGCGUGUAUGGCACCGAGAAAGAGAAAAAGAAGUCCAUCCGCUUGGUCGUCUACUCUGGCGCCCUCGGGAGUCACAACAUUGACUCGGUCAGCAACCUGAAGUCGAAGCAGAACUUGGUCAAGCUUCCCAAGAGUCAUACCGGGUACAGAGGGAACAAAGUGGGCCUUUCGCAGCUCGAAGGUAGUGAACCAGAGCUGCUGCUGCUUGACUGUGCCUCUGUGUCGUCGACUAAGAUCCUUACCUCUAUUCGGAUAUAUCACGAUAAUGCGCUCUAUGGUCUGGAGUUCUUCUACGAGGAUGCUACGAGUCAGCUUUUCGGCAAUCGUGGUGGGAAGCCGGAUGAUUUUGUCCUCGAUACCCGGAGAGGCGAAAUCAUACUUGGAUUCUACGUUCGCGCUGGAGCGUGGGUUGAUGGCAUCGAGAUUCUGACCAGCCAGGGCAGGAAGUCUGGCAUUUAUGGAAACGCCUCGGGAGGCUCAGGGUACACUCUGAUUCCCCCACUUGGGUAUAAGAUUGCCGGCAUUUCCGGCACCAGCGGACCCUGGAUCGACGGUUUCUCACUGGUUAUCAUGCAUUGAUCACUGCAUGUUAACCAUAGUGUUACCUACGCUUCAUCGCUUGUCUGAUCAUGAUCAUAUUGACUCGCCUUGCAGCACCUGGCCCUGACCUCGAAGGAGGUUUCAGCAAUAUCAUAUCACUCAACUUGGGCAUGCGCCUUAUGCCAUUCACCGAAUGGAUGUGCACAUGAAUUCAUAAGCGCUUGCGUCUGAUGUCACCUGCAGUUCGGUCCAGCUCGAAGUUUUGUUGGCCAGCCGCAAGGCCGAUCAUCGAGCGGAAUCGUGCAGACUAGAGCAGCGCGGUCUAACCGACCCGCGCCUGAGCGCGCACGUGUCUAUAGGUCAUUACAUUUCUUGUUUCUUCUUGUCUGCUUGCCAUUUGAGUCUGGACUGUCUACAUUGGGCGGCGCCCGGGAGUUGCGGUGGCUUUCAUUCC